AUGCUACUUUCUCAAAUCCGCAUACGCAUCGACGCCAUGCAGUUCAAGCAGAUCGUCCAACGCCUCCUCGCCCUGGCCCUUGCUGCAAUAAUCGUCUCCGAGGCGUACCCAAUCGAGGAAAGGCAACUCCUCGGCCUCAACCUUCCUGUCAGCCUCCCUGUCCUCCCAGGGCUCGCCCUCCCGCUCAAGGGACUUCUCCCCGACUUAUCCGCCCUCCUCCCUGGAGUUCCAGUGCCAGCACUCCCAGCACUCCCCGCGCUUCCGGCGCUUCCAGCCAACCCAGCAACCCCGGCACUUCCUGCGCUCCCUGCGCUCCCUAUUCCCAUACUGCCGCGCGAUGGCAGGCAGCUCUAG